GCCCCCAGGAAAAUGCUCAAUUUCACCGAUGUGACAGAGUUUAUUCUUUUGGGACUAACCAGUCGUCAGGAAUGGCAAGUUCUCUUCUUCAUCAUUUUUCUUAUGGUCUAUGUUGUCACCAUAGUGGGCAAUAUUGGCAUGAUCAUGUUAAUUAAGGUCAGUCCACAGCUUAAUAGCCCCAUGUACUUUUUCCUCAGUCAUUUGUCAUUUGUGGAUGUCUGGUUUUCUUCCAAUGUGACCCCCAAAAUGUUGGAAAAUCUGUUAUCAGAAACAAAAACUAUUUCUUAUGCCGGUUGUUUGGUACAGUGUUUCUUCUUCAUUGCCCUCGUCCAUGUAGAAGUUUUUAUUCUUGCUGUGAUGGCCUUUGAUAGGUACAUGGCAAUUGGGAAACCUCUGCUUUAUGGCAGCAAAAUGUCUAGGGCGGUCUGUAUGCGACUGAUUUCUUUCCCCUAUAUAUAUGGCUUUCUGACUAGUCUGGCUGCAACCCUGUGGACAUAUGGCUUGUCCUUUUGUGGGAAUAUUGAGAUCAACCACUUCUACUGUGCAGACCCACCUCUCAUCAAAAUGGCGUGCUCAGGGACUUUUGUAAAAGAAUACACUAUGAUCAUACUUGCAGGCAUUAAUUUCACAUAUUCUCUGACUGUGGUGACCAUUUCGUAUCUGUUCAUUCUCAUUGCCAUUCUACGGAUGCACUCAGCGGAAGGGAGGCAGAAGGCCUUUUCCACCUGUGGCUCCCACUUGACAGCGGUCAUCAUAUUUUAUGGGACUCUCAUAUUCAUGUAUCUCAGACGUCCUACAGAGGAAUCUGUGGAGCAGGGGAAAAUGGUGGCUGUGUUUUACACCACAGUGAUCCCCAUGCUGAAUCCCAUGAUCUACAGUCUGAGGAAUAAAGAUGUGAAAGAAGCCAUGAAAAAAGUUAUCAGCAGAACAUGUUUAACAAAAUAA